CCGGAUGGGAUCACGCGGCUCCGAGCGUCCGUCUGAGCCAGGGGUGUAGGUGCGGGCGCUGGAAAUGGACGCAAGCUUCCCGAGGGGCAGGGGGCCCGUGGGGACAUCGGGCGGUGUAGACGCGAUCACAACUCCAUGUAACUUUCCUGGGAAGAGACUCUUCUGGCUGGGUCUUCAGGUUUGAGGAUUCUCAAUGGCUGAGCCCAGUGAAGCAUUGAAUUGAAUGCAGGAGCUCUGUCUUCAGUGGCUGACGUACUAAGCAAUUCUUGAACAACUUGCCCAGGGAGAUCAGGUCCCCCGAUGGGAAAACUUUGAGGAAGUCAUGGAACAUUCAGCCCAAGUGUUUGAAGAGGGAGCUCCACUCUCUCAGGAUUCUGCCCUUUUCCAAAAUGGGAUCAAAGGAGAUAAAGGAUUGGCUCCUUGCCUCCUCACAACUAGGACCCAGAAUUCUGUGACGUUCAAGGAUGUGGCUGUGCACUUCACCAGGAAGGAAUGGAAGCAGUUGACGCCUGCUCAGAGGUACCUCUACAGGGACGUGAUGCUGGAGAACUAUAGGAACCUGGUGUCUCUCGGGCUUCCAGUGUCCAAGCCAAAGGUGAUUUCCCAGUUGGAGCAAGGAGAGGGACCAUGGAUAGCAGAGGAGGAAAGGCCAACAAGCACGUAUCCAGAUUGGGAAGCUAGGCCUGAGACCAAGAACUCAGUUGCAAAGCAAGGUACUUCGGUGACAGAAUCAUCCCAGGAAAGGCUUGUAGGUUGUGGCUUACGGGAUUCAAAUUCGGGACAACCCUGGCAAUGUGAUGGCAGAUUCCAGAGGCAACAGGGGAGCCAAGAAAGAAAUCUGGAGCAAAUAACUCAAAAGAACAUGUCUAAUGAAAUAAGAAUCCAUGAAUGUGAUAUAUUUGAGAGAAGUUUUCAUCCUAAGUCAAGUAUUGUUACAGAGAGAAACAUCUCUUCAGGAAAGAGCCCCCAUAAAUAUGAUGCACAUGGAAAUACCUUCAAACAGUACUCAGCAAGUAAAAAUAAUACAAUCUCCUCACAAAAGAAACUUAGUAAACAUAAUGUUUGCAAGAAAGAAUUUCAUUGUCCCUCAGCUAUGUGUGAUAAAAUAACUACUGGAGAGAGAUCAUACAAAUAUAAUGAAUUGGGGGAAGCGUUCAGACAAAGUAAAUUAGUAAAUCAUCGUCAGGAAACAUAUACUGGAAAGAAACGCUGUAAGUGCAACGAAUGUGGGAAAGUUUUUAGUAAAAAUUCAUCUCUUAUCCUACAUCAGAGGGUUCAUACUGGAGAGAAACCUUAUGCAUGCAGUGAGUGUGGCAAAGCUUUCAGUGUUGGCUCUUCCCUUACUAAACAUCAGAGAAUUCAUACAGGAGAGAAACCCUAUAAAUGUGGUGACUGUGGAAGAUCUUUCAGUGACAGUUCAUCUCUUGCUCAACAUCAGAGAAUUCAUACUGGAGAGAAACCCUUCAAAUGUAGUGAUUGUGGUGCAGCCUUCACGCGGAGUUCGUCUCUUUCUCAACACCAGAGAACUCAUACUGGAGAGAAACCCUUUAAAUGUCAUGAGUGUGGCAAAGCUUUUAGGCAGAAUGCAUUUCUGGCUCUACAUCAGAGGUUGCAUACUGGUGAGAAACCCUAUGAAUGCAGUGAAUGUGGCAAAGCCUUUGGUGAUGGCUCUUCUUUUACUAAGCAUCAGAGAAUUCAUACUGGUGAAAAACCCUAUAAAUGUAGUGAUUGUGGAAAAUCCUUCAGUGACAGUUCAUCCCUUACUCAACAUCAGAGAAUUCACACUGGAGAGAAACCCUAUAAAUGUAAUGAUUGUGGUGCAGCCUUCACACACAGUUCAUCCCUUUCUCACCAUCAGAGAACUCAUACUGGAGAGAAACCCUUUAAAUGUAAUGAAUGUGGCAAAGCCUUCCGGCAGAAUGCGUUUCUGGUUCUACAUCAGAGAAUGCAUACUGGUGAGAAACCCUAUGAGUGCAGUGAAUGUGGCAAAGCUUUUAGUGAUGGCUCUUCUCUUACUAAGCAUCAGAGGAUUCAUACAGGAGAGAAACCCUAUAAAUGCAGUGACUGUCGAAAAUCUUUUAGUGACAGUUCAUCUUUGACUCGACAUCAGAGAGUUCAUACUGGAGAAAAACCUUACAAAUGUAAUUAUUGUGGAAAACCUUUUAGUGACAGUUCUUCUCUUUCUCAUCAUCAGAAAAUUCAUACUGGAGAGAAACCCUUUAAGUGUAAUGAAUGUGACAAAGCCUUCAGGCAGAAUACAUUUUUAGUUCUACACCAGAGAGUUCAUACAGGUGAGAAACCCUAUAAAUGUAGUGGAUGUGGCAAAGCUUUUAGUAGCAGCUCUUCCCUUACGAAGCAUCAGAGAAUUCAUACAGGACAAAAGUCCUAUAAAUUUAUUGAUUGUGGAAAAUCCUUCAGUGAUGAUUUAAUCUCUCAACAUCAGAAGAGUAACCCUGGACAGAAACAUUAUAAAUGUAAUGAAUGUGGAAAAAACUUCGCACACAGUUCUUCCCUUUCUCGUCAUCGGAGAAUUCAUAGUCAAACUAAACCUGAAGUGUAAUUAAAGCAGCAGUCUAUGGUUCUGCUCAGAUCUAUACUGAGGAAAUGCCUCCAACACAUGCAUAUAACGAAUAUGUCAAGUCUUUCUUGAAAAGCAACAGCUUACUGAGCAUCAGAGAAUUCAUACUGUAAGGAAAUCCUACUAAUGUAGGGAUGCUCGGAACACUUUCAGACAAAAUUAUCCCAUUAUUUAUCAGAUUAUUAAUUCUGAACAGACAAUAGAAAUGUAAUGGAAGUAGGGAGGCCUUCAGCAUCUACUCAUUCUGUGUCAGGAAAACCGUAAUGGAAAAAACAUCAUAAAUGGAAUAAGCUUCCGAAAAGUUCAAAUUUAGUUCCUAAUACAUCAGCAAUUUUACUUCAGAGAAUGAUUCUGGGUAUAGAAGAUGUAAAUAAAGCUUCAAACAAACUUGUCACUUAGCUUGAGAGAAGAAAAAAUAUUCCCUGUUUAUUUCUCUCUUCUUUGCUAUUCAUAUAAACUCCCAUUAGUAGAGCUAGUUUUAUACGAGGCUCAGGUAUGGCAUCUGAAAGAACAGGUUCUCAGUAGAACUUUUGUAUUGGAACCAUUAAAUUUAGAAAUGAUUUUAAAGUGAAGAAAUAAAAAGUUCAGAUGAAAUAUUAAACACAGUUUCCCCUAAGGUAAGGCAGAACAGCCCUGCACACAUAUUCUGUUUAAUGUGCAUAAGCUAGUACUUCUGGGACCCUCUCCAUAAAGUGUGCUUUCAUUGUGAGCUGGAGAAGGUAUAAUGGAUCUGAUAGAGCGUGGCAAUGAAAGGAGUUAAAUAUGGUUCUCUCAGUUUUAGAGUAAGGCAAGAUUUGAGUAAUGUGGAAAGCCAUUUUGGGACUGGAGAAACUCACUUGUCCGGAGAUGAUGAUAGUUUUGAUAAGGGGACUCGCUAAGACUUUAGUGUUACUCUGCUCCAAAAUUACAUCAUACUCUCCUUUGUCCAUGUCUCUAAUUCUCAAGGAAACCUCUAACAAGUGUUGAAGGUGGUGUGUGUGUGUGUGUGUAUUUAGGGGAGGAAUAGCAUCAUUGGGUGCCCAUUCCAGACACAUCCUCAUAGAAAGACUGGAGAACUCCAAUGAAUAACAACAAAAUUAAAUUAAACCUGAAAAUGAACUUAGCAAAAACUAAGAUAGUGUUUGGUGCUGCCAAAAAGUUAUGCAGUAUAACCGCAAAACAACAAGACCACAAAAGAUGUUCCAUAGUAAAUAAAGUGAAGGGGGGGGGGGGAGUAAAUGAGAUAGACUGAGGGAAAAAUAAGAAUAAAUAUCUACCAUAGAAAGAAAAGGAAUCAAGUCACAUGCUCCACACAAUGGGUGAAUUAAAAACAUCACUAAAGGCAGCAAAGAAUAGAGAAAUAGCAACUGUGAUGACAAAAUGAAAACGCUAGAAUUUUUAAGUGAAUAAGGUAGUGUUGGAAAUAAAUCUAACCGACCUUGAAAAUGAAUCAGUUUUCCAACCUACCAAAAAUAGGCAUUUGAGAAGGGAUGCAAUCUGAAGAUUGUAUUGAAGAAAAUUCUCCAUAGCUGAGAAGAAAAGGUUUAAAUCCUUAAACAGAAAGAAGCCACAAUAACCUGUAUGAAAGUCAUAAAGCACAAAGUCAGAGGCAUGUAAUUUUCUAACUCCUAAAGCUUAGAGAAUUAAAAUUCUUAAAACAGCAAAAAAUAAAACAGGAUUGACUUAUUGAAGAAUCCAAAAAUCAUCUGAUUGUACACCAGAACUAAUGAAGAGUCUAACAUGUAUUAAGUACUGAAAGGCAUGGGUGUGAAUGUAGUAGUCAGUUUCUUCCAACUUAAGCAUAAAAAUUGCCUUCAAGAUGAGAAGCUAAGACCUCUAAAUUGAGGUUGCCAAUGGAAGGAAAGGAAGACCUUGACAUAGGAAACUUUUAAAUAAGCUCCAGAGAGUAGAAUCUAUAAGAACCUAACUUUCUCUGUUGUUUGCCGUGCUAAAAUAUACAAGCUCUUUGUCUCCAUAAUCACAAACAGUUGACAAAAGUUACUUUAAAACAAUUCAAAAAUUGGCAGGACUGAGAAAAAAGGGUUUCUGAUAUUGAUAGAAUUUGUGCAAUCUGGCAAUAGACAAGGAUUGUAAAAGUGGUCAUAGUCUGACUAGGUAAUAAUUCUGUUACUAAAAUAUGUCCUCGGGAAAAAAAACUAUACAAAGUUGUUUUUAGAAGUCUUAUAUGUAGCAUUAACAACAACAACUAAAAAAAAAAAAUAACACAAAUCUGGAAACAACCUUAGGACCCCAAAUUGCAGGAUAG